GCUGGGGGUGGCCGGGGAGACGAGGUGCUGAUGAGGGGGCCUCCGGCGUAGCUGGGGGUGUGGCCGUGCCCCUAGCUCGGCUCAGCGGAGCGGGUCCAGCUUUGCCGGUGCUGUGGGGCGUCCACGAGACUCCGGGGUCCCCCCAGGCCUCCUGCCCCGCUCGAGGAAGGCAGGGGCCGCCGAAAAGCCCCGUCCGGCGGUCACUCAGGCCCGGCCCUCGCCUCUGACACUGGGUGUCCUCACCUGUGAACUGUCACGGGGCUGGAGGGGCCCUUCCCAAGGAAGGGGGUUCCCUGUCGCGGUGCCAGUGGGGACUGGGGGCACCGGUUCUUCUGCCCGGGGGGAUCCGAGGGGCCUGGCGGAGUCCCUUUCAAUCCCUCCAGUUGCCCCAGGAGGUUCUGAAGUUUAAAGCCACACCCUCCCCUUUGCCACGAAUGUCUGUCCCUUCUCUUGGGCCAACUCCCCUCCUGUUUUAUGACCCCGUACAGCUGGGAGUUAAAUUCCUUAUCCCAGCAUGCUUCAGGCUGGUGUCUGGGCGGCCCUGACCCCACUCUGGAAGUGGUCUGCAGACGGUCCGAGGCCAGGGGGACUCCGACCGAGUGCAGCUCCUGUCCCACUGCAGGCCCUCAGCCUGGCGCCCGGGGGGGCCUGAGCAAACGCUGUGUUCCAGUUGCACAAGUUUACCUGCUCACGUUUUUUCAGAGCACUUGGGGGUCUCAAGGGAAGCCCGGAUGUGCUGCUGAUCCAUCUGUCAAGUCUCUGGGUGCCCCCUUCGUGUCAGGCAGUGGGACCCGGUGGUGAGCAGGACAGACCAGCCCUGGAGUAGACAAGAAGUGGACUCGCAGACUGGGUGAGAGGAGCCCUGCUGUCUACGCUGAUGACUGUGACGUCGGAUGUGGGAGAGGCAGCAUUAGGACCUCCCGUUCCCUCCGCUCUUCCCUCCCCGGGGCCCUAGAGACGAGAGGCGGUGUUUGGAAGACACACCAAGAUGAAGACGGCCACCAACAUUUACAUCUUCAACCUGGCCCUGGCGGACACUGCGGUGCUGCUGACGCUGCCCUUCCAGGGCACGGAUGUCCUCCUGGGCUUCUGGCCGUUCGGGAACGCCCUGUGCAAGGCGGUCAUUGCCCUCGACUACUACAACAUGUUCACCAGCACCUUCACGCUGACUGCCAUGAGCGUGGACCGCUACGUGGCCAUUUGCCAUCCCAUCCGGGCCCUUGACGUCCGGACGUCCAGCAAGGCCCAGGCGGUCAACGUGGCCAUCUGGGCCCUGGCCUCCAUCGUUGGCGUUCCUGUCGCCAUCAUGGGCUCGGCGCAGGUUGAGGAUGAAGAGAUCGAGUGUCUGGUGGAGAUCCCUGCCCCGCAGGACUACUGGGGCCCCGUGUUUGCUGUCUGCAUCUUCCUCUUCUCCUUCGUCAUCCCCGUGCUCAUCAUCUCCGUGUGCUACAGCCUGAUGGUCCGGCGGCUGCGCGGCGUCCGCCUGCUCUCAGGCUCCCGAGAGAAGGACCGGAACCUGCGGCGCAUCACGCGGCUGGUGCUGGUGGUGGUGGCCGUGUUUGUGGGCUGCUGGACACCUGUCCAGGUCUUCGUGCUGGUCCAAGGGCUGGGCGUUCAGCCGGGCAGUGAGACUGCGGUGGCUGUCCUGCGUUUCUGCACUGCCCUCGGCUACGUCAACAGCUGCCUCAACCCCAUCCUCUACGCCUUCCUGGACGAGAACUUCAAGGCCUGCUUCCGCAAGUUCUGCUGUGCGCCCACCCGGCGCCGGGAGAUGCAAGUGUCGGACCGUGUGCGCAGCAUCGCCAAGGACGUGGCUCUUGCCUGCAAGACCUCCGAGACGGUGCCGCGGCCUGCAUGACUAGGCGUGGACCUGCCCAUGGCGCCUGUCAGCCCGCAGAGCCCAUCGACCCCCAACACGGAGCUCACCCAGGUCACCGCUCUCUAGGCUGACAUGCAACGAACGGGGCACCACCGGCCUCCACGGGCUGCCCGUGGCUUCGAAGGGUCUGGUGACAUCAUGGGACAGGUCAGAGUGUUCGUGCUGCCCCCGAGGCCCUGGUCACACUAAAGCUGCCCCCUAGCGCAGUGUGCGAUGGGGGUGCGAAGACGCCCCAGUGCACGUGCGCGCCAGAGCCCCACCGGUGCCCAGGCUUCGGGGACUCUUCCGGCCCCUCUCCUGCUGCACCCUGCUCCUGUGGAGAUGGGCACGCACCUGCAGGUGUGCCAGCGGCUGUACAGCCCCCUGGGCAGUCACACUGCGUGCCAUCUGCAUGGACUCUUUUGGCGUCUCCUCGGGGAGCUGGAUGAGCUGGCGCUGCCUGGAGAGCCCAGCGGGCACCCUGGGCAGAGGGACUCGCUCUGAGUGGGCUCCCUUCAGAGGCUUCUCAGCGAGCCCAUUCCUUCCACAGACACGACGAGCCCUCUCGCCCAGAGGUGGUGUGUUCAUGGGGGUUGCAUGGCUGCCGCAGGCCACGCCGUCCCUUGUGAAGCAGCCCUGGGGGCCAGGUCUCAGCUGCGUGCUGUGCCGCCUCAGGCUCACCCGCAUGCGCCUCCCUUCAGACCUCCGCCAGAGGCCCGAGGCUGUGUGGCUGGCAGGACUCUGCGCCCUCUUUGAGUCCCGGUGGCCUGGGAGGGAUGGCAGUGGGCACAGUGCCGCCCCAGUGACUGGCCCCACGCUCAUUCACAAGCCAGGGCUUGUCUUAAAUGGUGCCGAACCAGAGGACUGUUUUGCCCUGGCAUGAGGGGUGGGCCUUGGCAGGCCUGCUUGAGCAGGGCUGUAAGGACCCUCUGGGCCAUGGGGACCUGGGCUGAGGGUCCCUUCCUGCUGUGGCCACCUGGAGAAGCGCCCUCCCAGCCUGUGAAUGGAAGCUGCAGGCCAGUGACUCAGCAAAUGUUUUCCCUGAGCACGAGCUGCUGAAAUACCUGCAAUGGUGGAAACAGGAUUCUGCCCCCACCUGCAAGCUGAGCUGCAGACCCUGGCCAGGUGACAUUAGGCACCUGCAAGGAAGAGGGGCUGCUGACUCUGGACUGGCCUCUCCUGCUGGGGAGCCCUGGCCCUGUGCGGGCUCUCUCUGUGCUGCCUCCCGCGGGCUUUUCCUGCCAAGGCUGGAAGACUUGUGAAUUUGUAACAUGUAUCUCUGUGUAUCAUGCAUGCAAAGGGCGUGAACUCCCCUGCAUGUAAGCAGCCCCGAACCUGUCUCCAGGGGUCAUCUGGAGGCACAAUAAAUCCUGCACGCUGGUCAGGGCGCUCUGCCCACCCCUGGUGCUUCUCGCUCUUUGA